AUGGGUCACUUCCAGUCGGGAGGUCACACUGGGUCACCACCAGCUGAGAAGUCAGACUGGGUCACCCCCACCUGGAGAUCAGACUGGAUCACCACAAGCUGGAACUUCAGACUUCGUCACCACCAGCUGGGAGGUCAGGCUGUUUCACUACCAGCUGGGAGAGCAGACUGGGUCACCACCUGCCAGAAGAUCAUACUGGGUCACCACAAGCUUGGAGGUCAGGCUGGGUCAUCACCAGCUGGGAGGUCAGACUGGAUCUCCACUAUCUUAGAGAUGCGUUUAUUACUGAUAGUGAGCGCGGUGUUGGUGUCGCUGGCUGCCAUCAACGCCACCUGGUUACCCACAGCAAACAUUCCCCUGGUGGCUAAUUCUCCCCUGGGAACACUGCCCGUUACUGCUCUCCUUAGCCUCCAGGCUGCUGUAAUUCUUGCCUUUCUGAAAGAAGACAAAAGCCCCAUCUAUUACGACGAUGAAGACAUACUUCACGAGGAAUUCCAUGACUUCGGCGGCGGAUCACAUGAAUACGGAUCUCCAGCGUCCCAUGAGCCAGCAGAGUCCUUUCAUGAACCAGUAGAGUCCUCUCAUGAAACAGCUGAAUCUUCUCAUGGCACUGAAGAAUCGUCUGUUAUACCUGCCGAAUCUUCUUAUGUGUCCAUAGAAUCCUCUGACGUCCCUCCCGACCCCUCUUACAUCCCUGCUGAGGCUUCCGACGUUCCAUCUUACGUCCCAGCACAGGCAUCCCACGUGCCUGCACAAUCUUAUGUUCCUGCAGAGUCAUCUUAUUACCCUGAAGAGUCAUCUUACGUCCCUGUACAGGUAUCUUACUACCCUGAAGAGUCAUCUUACGUCCCUGCACAGGCAUCUUACUACCCUGAAGAGUCGUCUUACAUCCCUGCACAGGCAUCUUACUACCCUGAAGAAUCAUCUUACGUCCCUGCACAGGCAUCUUACCACCCUGAAGAGUCAUCUUACAUCCCUGCACAGGCAUCUUACUACCCUGAAGAAUCAUCUUACGCCUUUUCAAAGUCUUUGGAUAUCCCUUCCGAAUCCCAGUAUGUUCCUCAGGGGCCCUCCUACCCAUUCCCUACAAAGACCUACAACAGAAAUUCUGUCAACAAGCGCCACAAUCGAGCCCUCUUAAUGGGUUUGCAGGAGGCACAGACAGGACUCCAUGAGGUGGAGGAGGUGCAAACGGGGUUGGAGGAGGUGGAGGAGGCUCAAAAGUUGCUGAUGUCUGCAGCCACCCACCUGGACACUGACGGCUGCAUCUUGAAGUUCAUGUGUUACUUAGAAAACAAACAGCAAAGCACUCGCUCUUUGGAGGAGAAUGUCCUCCUUCAACUCUUUUCCAACAGCCCUGAAACGAUGUCCUUCUAUAAUACCGCCCUCCUGGAGGCCACACAGUCCCGUCAGAUUCAGGACCCGGCCAGGUGCGAUAAAGUUUUCCCCAGGUGUCUCCUGCUGGAGAAGGAACUUAGUAGUCUUAUAGUGCAGACGUUGGGUUGCGGCAGCUUACUUUCCUUUAUUAUGCAAUAGACCUGCGGUAAUUUCCCCUCUCUGUUUUUUCACGUUAAGAAAUAGUGUCCUGUAAUUGAGUCUUAAUUAAAUAAUGAACUCAGUGGCGCCUAAUGUGAGGGAGGCGUAGAAAGUCUUGAUGGCUCUUGUUCCCCGUAGCUAGUGGCAACAGGGCAGUAUUAGAUGUGGCUCCAUCAGGGCCACGUCCAGUACU